UACAGUAUCAGUCUUGAAAAACACUUGAUCAUCAUAGCUGGUGAACAGUUUGCUGGAAAGUUUAACAGAGUUAAAGAAAAGUGAGAUCACUAUGGAUUAUGUCCCAGCCAGGAGAAAGAGCUUCUCUGAACAGAGCAGUGGAGCAACUGCUGCUGUGAACGGUAAGAAAUUAUUCUCUGAGUGUGUUGAAAAGCAAAGAUGUGAUCAGUUUAUGUCUGGUUUAAUGACUAUGUAAAAAGGAAUGAAAAUAUAACUGAUGUUCUUUGAUAAGCUUUCACUUUAUUCUAUUAUUUUACAGACCAUUUACUAAACUUUUGAGUUUCAAUGUAUGAUAUCUGCUUUGCUAAAUUUAUGGGAUGUAUCUUUCAUCUUUAAAUUCAUCUCUAAUUUAAAUUUAGUCCCAGAGUGAGACCAGUUGAGAACCACUGGUCUAUGGGAUAACCUCGCUUUUGGCCUGCAAAAAAUGCUAAUGUUUCCAGACAACUAUGUUUGUUUUUUCUGUUUGAUUCCUUCAAUCAGGGAUGAAACUCUUCAGAGUGGUUGCUGUGAGCUUUGGACUCCUCUGUAUCCUACAAAGUGUUCUCAACAUUUCACUGCGAUUUGCUCACAGUAAGUCGCUUCACUCUUAAAAAAUGUUUAAAAAACAUUUUCCUGGGUUAUUUUUGUGCAACCCAGCUGUUGAGUCACAUUCGCAAUCUCCUGCGUCAACCCAGCUGCUGGUCAGACAUGCCCCCAUAUUCAAAAAACAACCCAGCUGCUGUGUUCGCUGGUUUUGACCAUUAAGGACAAGUGAAGCCGGUGGUUAUCUUCGUUAAGACUCCUACUUCUGUGGAUGACAAAUUGUUACCCUUGUUGAAUUUUGCUAGGUUGUCAGCACAGUAAUUGUAUGCAGUACACUAAAGUUAUUUUAACCCUCCUCCCGUGUCAGAGUCUGCACCGACCAGUUUUUGAUUUUAAAUACUUAAAAGAAUCGCUUAAAUUAGUUUUUGUGCAUCAAGACUUUUUGGCUUUGUCAGGAAAUUCUAUUAUCAAUAAUGAAAGUAAACCAAAAAGUUCUGCAUACACUAGUUCAUAGAGACGCACUUCUGUCACCACAUCAAAGUGUCCUGAUAGAAAAUAGUGGACCCAAUAUCAAUAAAAAAGAUUUAAAGAAUGAAAUGGAAAAAUUUUGAUUUUGUUGUUGUUGUUGUUGUUGUAAUUUUAUGCUUGAAGAGAUAAUUUUUAAUUUCUGCUGUUUCAGACAUUUCUGACAUUUCUGACAUUUCUGACAACGUGGGACCAGAUCCGGAGUGUAGCUGUCAAAACCUCACAGUGAGAGAGCAGAAUAACUUUGGUAAGUAUGAGGAUGAAGCUCCUCUUUGCCCUGAGAAAUGAAAAACAAUAGAAAUGAAAGAAAAUAGACAUUAUAAAGACCAAAGGCUGAUAUAAUUAAAAACUUUACCCUGUGAUAAACUGUUUUUGUGCACUGACUGGCCUGGCUUCACUUACUUUCAAUUAGGCAGGUCAGGGUUUAAUCAUGGACUUUAGCAUGAGUUAAAGUGUUCAGUAUAAACUAAUAUUAACCCACUACAGGCGGAUAAGGACAAUCUAGCAGAGGGGACAUUUUCAAAGCUGUAUAAAUCAUUUUGAAAUCAUGAAAAACUUUUUUUAUUUUUUAUUUUAUCCCAAAUUGUCUGUAUGUUAGGCUGGUAGCUGGGUACGAUCAGCGGGAUAAUGUACAGUUAGCAGGUGGUUAUGUGGAAUAGAAUCCCAAUCGGGUGAGACCAGAGCCUUUAGUCAUGAUUUCAUUUAGACCAUAAGUGGUUUUUAUGGAGUAGACAGAAAAAAACUGUUUACUCUAAAAUAUUCAAAAAGAUUUAAUCAUUAUUGCACAAGAACACAAGAACUAUAAGAAUCUGUUUAUUAGUUAUUGAUAGACUAUAAACAAACUGUGUGAGCACUACGUCUAGGACUGUUAAUGGAUAUCAUAGUUUUUUUUCUGAAUUGUCAUCAUUGUUAUUUGAUGGUAAACUCUAAUGGUCUUUUUGCUCUUCUCCACCUCAUACAAAUAUUUUCAAGAAGGAUGGGUGCAUUUCUACUCCAGUCUUUAUUACAUUUCUCCUAUAAAGACAUCCUGGCAGGAAAGUAGGAAGGACUGUCUUAUUCGUGAUGCAGACCUGGCAAUCAUCAACAGCAGAGAAGAGCAGGUGUGUGUGUUUGCCACUGUGUGAAUAAGCAGGAAUUAGAGUUUCAGAGAGACAAUAAAAACAGAAAAGUUCAUCAUUCAAUGAUUUUAAUGUUCGCUUAAGGUGCUUGAUUGUUAAAAUUUUUUUUUUUUAGAACUUUCUGAGAAAAAUCAACAGAAUGAUGUGGAUCGGACUGACUAGUGAAGGGAAACAAGACAAGUGGGUGUGGGUGGAUGGAAGUCCUCUUAACCAAAGGUUUGAAUGUUUUUCUAUUGCUUUCAUAAGAUCAAUUUUAAAUCUGCAGCACUGACAACUUCAUAACUAAAUAUUCGGCACUUUGUAUCCUACAGGCAAGCUGCUCAUCAACCAUCUCAGGUUUUUCUUUUAUAUAAACAAGUUUCUAAAUUAAUUGUUUUAUUUUUCAGUUAUUGGAAACACGGGGAACCCAACAACUAUCAAGGCAUAGCGGAGGAUUGUGUAGAAGUAAACCGCAUAGACGCUGAAAACAGCUGGAACGACAGACCAUGUAAGGAUCUGAACUUCUGGAUCUGUGAGAAGACUGUUGCUUUUUAACUCCACAUUUUGAACCCCUGCAUGGGAGCCACAGAGCACCAAUCCUAUGGUUCAAACACAUAUAGGCUACACACAUUGUCUAUAAUGUAGAGAUUUCUUCAGAUUUUAUGUAGUUUCUGAAGUCCACUCGCGUUCAGCCUUGAACAAAUGUGGUCUUUACACCACAUGCCAAGAUAUCCCAGCAGGUACUUUUUAAGGCAUGGCACAACUUUUUCCAGUCUUCUUAUGCUGUAGUUCACGUGUAUAGUGCAUGGUUUAAUGUAUAGAACAUUUUUAUUGCAGUUUAUUGAUUUUACUCAGCAGCUUUAAUAAUUAACUGUGAAUAUUUAGAUUUUUUUUUGUAUAAAAUUCGAAGUCAGGGCGGUCAAUACCCCACUGUGCUUGUGGGUUUACCUGACACUCCUGUGUUCACAACACAAGGCUUUUAUAUAUGGACAAUUCCCUUGAGUUUAGUGUGCAGAGAUGCCUAUUUUUAGUCUAGGGUUCAAAAGAGGCUAAAAAGUCCCUUACAGACAACAGUGGGACGGCCCCAGGUCCCCAUAGACUCAGCGAGAAAUCUCUAUUGUAGAUUUUUGAUACCCUUGGUUCAGGCUACAAACUUGUUCAUUGUUCAUGUUUAUUAUGUUUACCCUCCAACAAAGAAAAGAGACAAGUGAAAAGUGCUUCAUUUUACUACUGUAACUUCACUUGAGAAUUUAUGUCUAUGUCUCGGAGAAGUAUGCAGAUAUUCUACACAGUUGAUUUGUUCAAUAUUUGUAAAAUGUUGAUGGAAUAUUGAUAUGUGAAAUCAAUAAAAAAGAAUUUAAAAAAAAA